AUGCGCUCGGACGCGCUGCGACGGGACGGAAACGCGCUCCUGCGCGAUGGAAACCUCGUCGACGCGCGAGAGAAGUACCGAUCGGCGCUCGCGGCGGCGACGGAUGACCGCGAGCGGGCGUUGGCGGUGGGGAAUGAAGCGGUGGUGGCGAUCGCGCUGGGCGAUGACGCGACGGCGACGACGCUGUGCGCGCGCGCGUGGUCGUACGACGAGGGAUACGCGCGGGCGACGACGCGGUUGGAGGCGCUGUUGACCUCGGGGCGGGGAUCGUUCGAGGACGCGAUCGAGGGGGCGGGAGAAAAGGGGCGCGCGUUGGAGAUCGCGAAGCGGGCGCGCGACGCCGGGAACGAAGCGUUUCGAGCGGGCGAGUACGAAAAGGCGAUGCAGGCGUACGGGGAGGGGUUGGAGACGUGCGCGGGCGUUCCGGGGGCGGGAAUAUUGUUUUCGAAUCGCGCGGCGUGUAAGAUGCGCGUGGGUGACGCGUCGGGGGCGUUGGCGGACGCGGAGGCGGCGUUGGCGCGGGACGAGAGCUUCGUAAAGGCGAAGAUGCGUAAGGCGGCGGCGUUGAUGACGCUCGGGCGACAUCGAGAGGCGGAUGCGGUGUACGAUGCGUUGGUGUUUGAACUUCCCGGGGAUGAAGACUUGGUGCGGAGUGCGAACGAGGCGAGACGGGCGCUCGGGAAGAGCGAGCGCAAAGCGGGCGCGCGGAACGUCGAGGAGUGGAGCGAGUAUCAAGCGCUCGUUCGGGGGGCGAAAUUGGUGUUCGUAGACUUCACGGCGACGUGGUGCGGGCCGUGUAAGAUGAUUGGACCGACGUUCGUGAGCCUUUCGACGAAGUUUCCGCGAGCGCAUUUCAUCAAGGUCGACGUGGACGCGGCGCAGGAAAUCGCGGGGCAGGAGCGCGUGAGUUCCAUGCCGACAUUCGCGGUGUACAUGGAUGGAAAUAAAGUGGAAACUUUCAGUGGAGCGGACGCGAAUAGGUUGACGCAGAUGGUAUCGAAGCAUUACGCGAACGCGCGUUUCAGAUGA